AUGUUAGAUUCUGCGAAGAAGACGAAUUCAGAAGCAACUCACAAGCAGAUACCAAUACUGUCUACUGCUGGUUCUCGUAAAUUCAGCUGUGGUAAUUGUGGGAAAUCUUUCAGUUGUCAUCAAGCUUUGGGUGGUCAUAAAUCAACCUGCAACAGCAAUUUUUCGAUAAGAGAAGUAGGCGAAUCUUCACUGCAGGGUUUAAUGGGAAAUAAGAAUAAGAAUUCCGCAACUUCAAAGGGCGGCCCUCAUGAGUGCAGAAUAUGCGGUAAGACGUUUCCGAAUGGUUGGGCUCUUGGUGGCCAUAAAAGGAGUCAUAGGACCGGACAAGUUGAACCUAGUAGUAGAUCAUCAGUUUCACCAAAGGAAAUCACUAAGGAGUCUUUGCAUCCAAUUAACUCAUUCACAUCAUCCGUUCCAGAAGCGCAAGACUAG